AUGGAUAAUAAAUAUCCACCAGUAUACGAAGACAUGGAUGAUUCAAUAUAUAGUACCGAAAAAACAAAUAAUAAUAUACUUCAACCUGAAGAAGUUUUUCUUCAAAGACAAACCUCAGCUAAAAGACUACUUUUGAAGGAAGAACAAACAAAAGCUGCACGUAGUGAUUCCAUGAAAAAGCUAACGAGGGGCGAUUCAGAAAAGAAAUUGCAAACGCUCAACAAAUUUGACCCUGCAAACGCAUAUAGUAGUACUGAUACUGUAUUAAAACCAAGUACUUUUUUCGAAAAGUUCCAAGCUUGGAUGAUCAAUGAAGGUGCACGAAAAAUAUUCACCGCAAUGUGGAUCAUUAUUCAUGGACUGGUAUUUACAAUGGCAUUCCUCAAUUUCCUUUUCCACGAUAAUUUGAAAACCGCAAGAGAAACUUUUGGUAUUACCUUUGUAUUUGCGCGUUCUGCAGCUUUAGUCCUCCAUGUAGAUGCGGCCGUAAUUUUAUUUCCUGUGUGCCGCAACUUAAUUUCAUAUCUCCGUCAGACACCAAUCAAUACCAUUAUCCCAUUAGAUCAAAAUAUUGAAUUUCAUAAAGCAAUCGGUUGGUCUAUUCUAUUUUUCACAAUUGUCCACACAGUAUCACAUUGGAUCAAUUUUUAUAGAUUGGCCGUAGCAACCAAUGGGGGGAUUGUUAUGUGGCUUAAACUUAAUUUCAUAUCUGGACCAGGGGCAACUGGAUACAUUAUGCUUAUAACUUUAAUUGUCAUGGUAUGUACAGCCGCGGAAAAACCUAGGCGUGCUCAUUUCAAUAGAUUCUGGUAUUUUCAUCAUCUCUUCGUUCCGUUCUUUGGUGCGUGGGCUUUUCAUGGAGCUUUCUGUAUGAUUCAACCUGAUAGAGAACCAAAGUGCAAAGAUAUCGCCUCAUUUUGGAAAUAUUGGAUUGCAUCCGGUACAAUUUACAUUGGAGAACGUAUUCUUAGAGAAAUACGUGCUCGCCAUACUACAUAUAUCUCCAAAGUCGUUAUGCAUCCAUCUAAGGUUGUUGAAAUUCAAGUUAAAAAAGAGCAUAUCACAACAAAGGCGGGUCAAUAUAUCUUCUUAUGUUGCCCCGAAAUUUCACUUUGGGAAUGGCAUCCAUUUACAUUAACUUCAGCUCCCGAGGAAGAUUUCAUCUCAGUACAUGUUCGUGUUGUUGGUGACUUUACCGAGGCAUUGGCUAAAAAAUUGGGAUGUGAUUAUGAAGAAGAAGCCAAAAUAAGAAAAAAGAAUAAAGAUCGUAUCAAGAGUCAAUAUGAUGGGAUUGAUAUUUCUACGAAUAAUCUUGAACUUCAAAAGGUUUUGCCAAGAGUCAUGGUUGAUGGCCCAUUUGGUAGCGCUUCUGAAGAUGUAUUCAAAUUCGAAGUAUCUAUGCUAGUGGGUGCCGGUAUAGGUGUCACUCCGUUUGCUAGCAUUCUCAAGAGUAUCUGGUAUCGUGUUAAUUAUCCAAAGAAAUCCACAAAACUCCGAAAAGUUUACUUCUUUUGGAUUUGCCGUGAUUACGAUUCCUUUGAGUGGUUUCAAUCGUUAUUAUCGGCUAUAGAAGAACAAGAUCUUCAACAGUUUAUUGAGAUUCACACUUAUCUAACAGGCCGUUUACGUCAUUCAGAAGUUGGUAAUAUCCUUGUUAAUGAUGACGGAAAUAUUAAAGAUACUAUCACAGGACUUCGUUCACCGACACAUUAUGGUCGUCCAAAUUGGGAUAAAAUCUUUUCAAACAUGAGAGAUCAGUACCCUGCUACUGAUGUUGGCGUAUUUUUCUGUGGACCCAAACCUUUGGGUAAACAAUUACACACAAAAUGUAAUUUAUGGAGUCAAGGGUUUGAGGAUGGGACAAGGUUUUAUUAUGGCAAAGGUAACUUUUAA